CCAAGAACAGCCUUACCCUUGGCCUUUCCCAAGGGGAAGGCCCACAUGGAGGGGGAGCAUGAUGGCUUGGUGUACUUCAAGCACCUGAAGAUAAUAGCAGUGUGCAUUCUUUUGCCCUGUUUGCAGCAGGAGAUACCAGUUGUGGGAACCAGGGUUCCAUUUGGCCCAAGGAUUCCAAACAACUGCAGGCUUUUCUCCAAUUUGGAGAUGGGUAAUGAUCGGGAUUGCCAUGCAAUUGCCAGGAUGAUCCCUGCUCAUCCCUGCAGCUUCACAGCUUGGAAGAAGUCAGGCUGUUGUCAAAGAGUGGAGCCAUACACAACAUGAAGUCUGCACAUGCUAAAAAUGUCCCUAAGACUCCUGUUUGCCGAAAGAGCAUCACCCAUGUACAAAAAGGAGGCAUCUGCAGGCUUGGUGAAAUUUAGAAGUUCGAAGAAGUACUUCUCAAAUAAAUAAAGAGAAACUCUAUUAAAUAAACAGUAGAGAACUAUUAUAAAACAAACCUAUGCAGACUGAGUAUAGUCAGUGGCAAUAGAAUCCUUUCUGACUGUUGGAGUGGGAAAUGAAAAAGGGUGAAGGUGGAAUGGAGUAUCCUUGAAAGAGACAUAGUUGGCUGGAAUCCUGAACAGAAGGACCCCAUACCACAACAUUUCAUUGCAGGCCCUACUUGUAUAUGCUAACUGCAAACUCAGCUUUUGAAUGCCACUAGCAUUGUAAGCAAAAAAUAGCCAUUGAGAAACAAAAGUGUUGAAAUGUUCAGAAGAAUUCCAUGAUGUGCAAAACUACAAAAACCCUUAAGGAAAAAAAUUCUAACAAAUAAAAGACUUAUCCUAAUGAAAACUGAGUAUACUCAAUAAUCAAAGAAAGUUGAUGGAAGAUGUGGGAUGGAAGAGGCCUUCACUGGUUGACUGGAAACCUGAAUAGGAGCACUUCAUUCUGCAACAAUUGGGUGCAUACUUUGUUACAUUCUAGUAGUGGGGUUUUUUUUUAAUAUAAAGAGAAAUAAUUUGUUGCUGUUUUAUUUUAUGUUAUUCCUAGUUUUGUGUGUUCAGUUGUUUUUAAAAUGGCUAGGUAAAUGCUAAAUAAAGUGAAUUCCCAUGAACCUCUUGGCAGUUACUGGAACUAAACGAACUUAUUGACAAUAUCCUGCUGAAAAAAAUACUAGAGAAACAGACUUGCAAUACGUUCUACCUGGCCUUUGAGAUCAAUGCAGGGGCUCCUCUGCGGAGGAGGUCUGCUAGGAAGAGGGCCUUUUCUGCUGCUGUUUUCCACAUUUGGAAUGCUCUCCCUGAAGAGAUUCACCUGGCACCUUCUUUGUACACCUUUUGGCACCAGCUCCCCAAGGAUGUCUGCUCUUACCUUUUGGACCUUACAUUGUUGAAUAUGGACAAGCAACAAAGCUGGACUACAAAGUGAAAGCUGGACUACAAAGUGAAAGAGAAGGAGUAUUUGUGUGCAUACAUAUGCGUGUUUUAAAUAAAAAGGUGAUGGUAUAAAGUGACUUUCCAACCUGGCAUCUUCCAGAUAGCUUCCAUAAUUCCUGGCCAGGAGUUGUAACCUGUAAUUUCUGGGUGGUGGUCAAUUGGAGAUGACUGGUAUAAAAGGAGUUGGAGACAAAUUGAAGAAAGGGAGACUUAGGGCAAAAGAAUAAUCUUUCACAUACUACUUUGAGGUGGUGAUGAAACAUCCAGUUAGAAAUGUCAGGGAGGCAAGUGAAAAUGAGGAUUUGGACAGUGUGGAAAAAGUGUGGUAUAGGGAAGUAUGGCUAGAUGUUGCCUGUGAAUACCUGAUAUCGAAGGCUGAAGGUUAUGCUGUGUCCACUCAAGGACAGACUAUAGAAAGACAAUUACAGGGGACUAAGGACAGGAACCCUUGAGUGAGACAAGAAGCUAGAGAGGGAGCUGGAUUUUCCUUCAGUGGAAAUCUUGAACAGGCAUUGUGACAGGAAUGAGAACUGCAUGAAGCUAAGGUGUACAUGGAGUCGAGGAGGAAAGGUUGGACUGCUGUAGACGUUGGAUAAUGCUGAGAUCCAAUGAUAGAUACUACUGAUAGGCUCUCUCUUCUACAUUUCUCUUUUGAUGCUUAGUUGCAACUAGGUGGUGCCACAGGGAGCUCUAUUUGGAACAGUCACUAAUCCUUAGUAUGUUUUCUAAAACAACCCAUGUAGUCACCUUGUCUUAUCUUAUGUGUUUGUGGAACUUACUGAAUUUCUUUUUCAUUGAAUACUGUACUUCUUGGUAAGCUCACCACAACUUCUUAUCUUCUGCCUUCUUCAAGUAUUUUAGGUGAUCCUGUCACAACUCUCUUUAUAAUAGGGCAACUUACACAUGUUGUAGUUUGUUCUUGUAACAUUUGGUGGGUGUACUUCAGUCUUGGUUCUGGCUUGGGGUUGGAAAUGAGACAACUUGGGUUGUAUUUGUAGAUGAGCUGUGUCAAAAAUUAGACAUAGGGAGUCUGUGGUGAUAGGUUCUGCCCAAACUAGCAUUGACCACAGUAUCUUUUGGGGCGGUUUGCCUGUGAUAAUACUUCAAGGCACUGUUUUACAGUGGCUCUGAUCCUUACAAUCUGGAUGGUGCUUAGGAAUGCCUGCUUCGCAUUGUGGCUACUGGUUUAUGGUGCACAGCAGAGUUCUCUUCUACCAUGCUAUUUAACAUCUAAAUGAAAUAACUGAAAGAGCAGCUUGCGGGGCUUCAGGGAGGUGAGGCAGACUCCUCAAUGGUCCUUGGCAGCAGUGGCAGUGAUGAUGAUGAAGCAGGUGUGGAUGCCUUGGACACCAGCUGGCUUAAGAGGCCCUGUGGGGAACAGGGACCUGGCUGCAGCUGUGUCACAGCAUGCUCAGCCUCUCAUUCCUCUCCCUCCUUCAUCCCCGAUCUCACCAGAGCAUCAGGAUGGGAGCACUGGGGUCAUGGUGGCUUGCAGGGCUGUGGGGAAAGGGGCGAGGCAGGCUCCUCAACAGUCCUAUUUAACAAACGUUUGUCUUUUUGGUCUCUUUGUUUCUUUUGUGGUAGUUAUCUGUACAGGUAGUCCCUGGGUUACGGACAAGUUCCAUUCCUGAGAUCGUCCUUAGGUCGAAUUUGUAUAUUUUCAUUGUGUCUAUUUGCAAUGUCCAUGAUCCUGUCUGCCUCAGUGGUCCGUGUAAGAGAUGGACUCCCUCUGUCAGCCUCUACUGAUUAUGAGCAAAGUGUUGGUGUUCAGGAAUGCAGAAAGUACUUCAAAACUCUCUCAAAGAGACUCACUCAGCUUCCAGAUAGAUGCUCACUGCAAACAGGACAGUAUAAUAUAAAUUUUAUUAGUUCACUGGGCGUGAGUUACAUGAUGCUCUGCACAGAAAAUUAUCCCAAUGUCCUGGCCUUCUGCUUCCUUGAUGAGCUUCAAAAGGAGUUCAUUUCCACAUACAACAUGAUGAAGACAAAUACUGCUGUUAGACCUUACUGUUUCAUCGAGUUUGAUAAUUUCAUUCAGAGGACCAAGCAAAGAUAUAAUAACCCACGGUCUCUGUCUACAAAAAUAAACCUUGCUGACAUGCAGACAGAAAUUAGGCUGAGACCACCGUAUCAAAUUUCUUUGUCUGAAUUGGGUUCAGCCAAUGGUUAUCCACAUAUAGCUCUACCAGAGUAUAAAGGUACCGGGAAAAUAUCUACAGCCCCUCACCAACGACUGGAACCUGUGUCGCUGUCAGGGAUUGUUUCCUUUGUACUCAGCCUUUUAUGUGGUGCUUUGAAUUUAAUUCGUGGUUUCCAUGCUAUAGAGAGUCUUGUGCAGAAUGAAGGAGAAGACUUUAGUUACGUUAUUGCCUUUUUUCUCGGAACAGCAGCUUGUUUGUAUCAGUGCUAUCUGUUUGUAUAUUGUACAGGUUGGAGGAAUAUCAAAUCCUUCCUAACAUUUGGCUUGAUCUGCUUAUGCAAUAUGUAUCUCUAUGAACUGCGCAACCUCUGGCAGAUCUUUUUCCAUGUGACUGUGGGUGCUUUUUCAACAUUACAAAUCCGGCUGAGGCAGCCACAAGGGAAGUCCCCAGAUUACAAUGUGUGAUGGUUGUCCCCUGAUGGCCUCAAGGGAAAUGUGAUGCAAGCGGUAUUUCUCUCAGGAAUGAAAAGCUUUUCUGCAGAAGAGAAGCACCCCAUGCUAUAAAGCAUGAAUGACUUCAUGGUGCAAUUCUUCCUCAAAGAAGAGCUAAACAAGGUUCGGGAACUAAUUGGGGUAGAAAUGGAGCUCUCAUGCUUGUGAGUCUGACCCAAGGACAACUGAGAAGUUUUGGAGGGCAGCACGGAAAUCUCUAACAUUCAGAACUAUGAAAAUAGCAAUGAUCGGCAUUGGAUGUCCGCGUAUCAAAUGAUUCUCCAGUCCCAAACCAGUUUUGCCUUUGUGAGGCAGCAGAAAAGGCUGAAAUAAAAGGAUGGCAUUGCAUAUUAA